GGCGGCGGCGGCGGCUUCCAGCGACUUCGGCGGUCGGUCACCGCUGUGUGUUUGAAGGGCUGUGAUGCCAAAGGGAGACACGUUCCUGCACCAGCAGUGACCAUCUCAUCCAGCCUUGAGGAGAACAACCCACCAUCCCCAGACUCCUCCUCAGCAUGCCCGGGCAGCCCAAAUAUCCUCUGGACCCUCCCUGUGCUGCUGCCGGCUUGGGCUCCCCGUUGGGACAAGUCCUCAAGGGUCGCUUUGUCACCCUCUGAACACCCCAAUGGCUCACUGAUGCUGCAGCCCCUCCAAAAGGCAUCGGAGAGGUGACACAAGGGACUCUGGCAGUGACAAGCAGCCAAGUGGGAGGAUUUAAGACUGCAAGGGCCUUGUCGGGGCCAAGGACGUCCUCCAUUCCUGCUGGAGUGAUGCCAGCUUCUGCUUAGCACCUAAGAAGAAGGGAUGGGGGAUCCCCCCCACCUUCACCACCCCAUUGCUCCCUCCUGUGCUGGCUCCCCUGACCAGCGAGAGCCCAUAGCAAUGUGAUCGGGGCCCUGCAGCACAACAGCACCCACUGCCCACCCCACCAGGCACCUUCAGGACCCUCACCCACCUGCCGCACCCCGCCAUGAUGUGCGAAGUGAUGCCCACCAUCAGCGAGGGGGACCCUCUGGGUCCCCCACAGGGCUCUGAAGCGGAUGCGGACUUUGAGCAGCUGAUGGUGAACAUGCUGGAUGAGAGGGACAAGCUGCUGGACACCCUGCGGGAGACCCGUGAGACGCUCUCUGUCACCCAGAGCCGCUUGCAGGAGACCCUACGGGAGCGUGACCAGCUCCAGAGGCAGCUCAACUCAGCCCUCCCACAGGAGUUUGCAACGCUGACGCGGGAGCUCAGUGCGUGCCGGGAGCAGCUCCUGGAGAGGGAAGAGGAGAUCUCGGAGCUGAAAGCCGAGCGCAAUAACACCCGGCUCUUGCUGGAGCACCUGGAGUGCCUGGUGUCGAGGCAUGAGCGGUCCCUGAGGAUGACCGUGGUCAAGCGUCAGGCCCAGUCGCCGUCCGGGGUUUCCAGUGAGGUCGAGGUGCUCAAGGCUCUCAAGUCACUCUUUGAGCAUCACAAGGCGCUAGACGAAAAGGUCAGGGAACGCUUGCGAGCAGCCUUAGAGCGAGUGGCAACCUUGGAGGAGCAGCUCGUGGAUGCCCAUCGGCAGGUGGCAGCUCUGCAGCAAGGCACUACGCGGGAGGCCCCGGUGGGUGAGCGGGAUGAGAGGGAGCCCAAGGAACCAGCACAGAAGCUUCCGUGGAAGCGGCUCUCCAACGGCUCUGCCCACCCAGAUGAUGAGGCAGGGCGGGUGGUGGAGCUGCAGGAGCUCCUGGAGAAGCAGAAUUUCGAAGUGGUCCAGGCCAAGGAGCGCAUCUCUGCGUUGGCUGCCAGCGUCGCCGAGCUGGAGGAGGAUCUGGGCACCGCCAGGAAGGAUCUGAUCAAAUCGGAGGAGAUGAGCAGCAAGUACCAGAGGGACCUCCGAGAGGCCCUGGCUCAGAAAGAGGACAUGGAGGAGAGGAUCACCACACUGGAGAAACGCUACCUGGCAGCCCAGCGAGAAGCCACCUCCAUCCAUGACCUCAAUGACAAGCUGGAAAGCGAGUUGGCCAACAAGGAGUCCCUGCACCGCCAGUGCGAGGAGAAAGCCCGGCACCUGCAGGAGCUGCUGGAACUGGCGGAGCAGAAGCUGCAGCAGACGAUGCGGAAAGCAGAGACGCUGCCCGAGGUGGAAGCGGAGCUGGCCCAGCGCAUCGCCGCACUCAGCAAGGCAAAAGAGAGGCACGGGAGCAUCGAGGAGCACCUCCGGCAGCUGGAGAGUCAGCUGGAGGAGAAGAACCAGGAGCUGGCCAGGGCCCGCCAGCGGGAGAAGAUGAAUGAGGAGCACAACAAGCGGCUCUCGGACACCGUGGACCGUCUGCUGAGCGAGUCCAAUGAGCGGCUGCAGCUGCACCUCAAGGAGAGGAUGGCGGCCUUGGAGGAGAAGAACACAUUGUUACAAGAGCUGGAAAAUACCCAAAAGCAGAUAGAGGAACACCAGCACGACAAGCGACGGUUGUCCGACGAGAUUGACAAACUGAGGCUGGAGGUCGAUCAGCUCAAGACCAGAAGUGGGACAUUCGUGGAGAGCGUGCAUGCAAGGUCCCAUAUGGGCAGCACCACAGACCUGCGCUUCCCACUGAGCGCUAUGGUCCAUGCCCCCACCGAGCCCUUCGGAACAGCCCCGGGCCUGCCUCGGGCACAGAAGGGCCGAUUCGCCGCCCGGCGAGAGGAGCCAGCCAAGGACUGGGAGCAGGCCCAGGCAGGCAGCGUCCUGGCCACGGGGCCUCACACCUUCGACAGCGACCCCGAGAUCUCUGAUGUGGACGAGGAUGACCGUGAGACGCUUUUCAGUUCCAUGGACGUGCUCUCCCCCGGUGGGCACUCGGACGCCCAGACAUUGGCCAUGAUGCUCCAGGAGCAGCUGGAUGCCAUCAAUGAGGAGAUCAGGAUGAUCCAAGAGGAGAAGGAGUCCACCGAGCUCCGCGCAGAGGAGCUGGAGACCCGCGUCACAAGCGGCAGCAUGGAAGGCCUCAACCUCACCCAGCUCUGCAAAAGGGCUUCCAUCCCCACCUCGCUGACAGCCCUGUCCCUGGCCAGCUCGUCCCCACCGCUCAGCGGCCGCUCCACCCCCAAGCUCUCCUCCCGCAGCGCUGCUCAGGACCUCAACCGCAUGGGGAUCAUGACGUUGCCCAGCGACUUGAGGAAGCACCGGAGGAAACUGCUAUCACCUGCAGCUCGGGAUGAAAGCCGAGAGGAUAAAACCACCAUCAAAUGUGAGACAUCCCCACCAUCCUCACCCAGGACGUUGCGGCUGGAGAAGCUGGGCCACCCCGCGCUAAGUCAGGAGGAUGGGAAGAGCUCGCUGGAGGAGCAGGCCAGCAACCCCAGCAGCAACAGCAGCCAGGACUCCCUGCACAAGGGCUCCAAGAGGAAGGGGAUCAAAUCCUCCAUCGGGCGCUUGUUCGGGAAAAAAGAGAAGGGUCGCUUGAUUCAGCUGAGCAGAGAAGGGGCCACGGGGCAGGUGCUGCUGACUGACGUGGAGGUGGGCAUGCAGGACCCUCUGGGACUUGGCAAGCUGGGUGCUCAGGCUGAGAAGGAUCGGCGCCUGCGGAAGAAGCACGAACUCCUGGAAGAAGCUCGGAGGAAAGGAUUGCCCUUUGCUCACUGGGACGGCCCCACCGUUGUCUCCUGGCUGGAGCUCUGGGUGGGGAUGCCGGCCUGGUACGUUGCCGCUUGCCGAGCCAACGUGAAGAGUGGAGCCAUCAUGUCGGCCCUGUCUGACACUGAGAUCCAGAGGGAGAUCGGCAUCAGCAAUGCGUUGCAUCGCCUGAAGCUGCGUCUGGCCAUCCAGGAGAUGGUCUCACUCACGAGCCCCUCGGCACCGCCCACCUCGCGGACAUCCUCCGGAAACGUCUGGGUCACCCACGAGGAGAUGGAGAACAUGGCGACUUCCACCAAGACGGACACAGAGGAAGGAAGCUGGGCGCAGACACUGGCCUAUGGGGACAUGAACCACGAGUGGAUUGGGAACGAGUGGCUGCCCAGCUUGGGUCUCCCGCAGUAUCGCAGCUACUUCAUGGAGUGUCUUGUUGAUGCACGGAUGUUGGACCACCUCACCAAGAAAGAUCUCAGAGUGCACUUGAAGAUGGUGGACAGCUUCCAUCGCACCAGCCUGCAGUACGGCAUCAUGUGCCUGAAGAGGCUCAACUACGACCGCAAAGAGCUUGAGAGGAGGCGAGAAGACACCCAACACGAAAUCAAAGACGUGUUGGUGUGGACUAACGACCAGGUCAUUCACUGGAUCCAGUCCAUUGGGCUUCGCGAGUAUGCAAACAACCUCGUUGAGAGCGGCGUGCAUGGGGCGCUCCUCGCCCUCGAUGAAAACUUCGACCACAACAGUCUGGCGCUUGUGUUGCAAAUCCCCACGCAGAACACGCAGGCUCGACAAGUGCUGGAGAGGGAGUUCAACAACCUGCUCGCCUUGGGCACAGAUCGGAGGCUGGACGAUGGCGAUGACAAGACCUUCCGUCGAACCCCGUCCUGGCGAAAGCGCUUCCGCCCACGAGACGUUCACAGCAUCAACAUGCUCAGCGGCUCGGCCGAGACGCUGCCCGCUGGCUUCCGUGUCACCAGCCUGGUGCCCCUGCCCCCUCCAUCCGCCCCUGCCAAGAAAAUGCCCCCAGAAGUUGGUGCCUCUGGGUCGCCAAGGCUGGAGACCUCCACGGUCCGGACGUACUCCUGCUGAGGGUCAGCGUGAUGGGAACCAGCCCGGCCCUGGCACAUCCCCACUAUCCAUAUGGCCAUGUGCUGGCUGCCUUUCAGGACAAGAGCCCAGCCUGCGCCUCUUCCUCAGCCCAGACCAACAGACACUGCAGUCUUGCUGCUGUGGACCGAAAAGGAUGCUCUCCCUUCUGCUUGUGCACCCCACCGCUUCCCCUGGCUCCUCAUGGCUCCCACCUGUGGCUUGUCUCCCACCUCUCCCCGCGCUGGCUGGGCUACGGAUGCACUCGCUGGGUGCCCGCUCCAUUGCUGGCAGAAGCGUGGUGCAACCCAGUGGAGCGGCAGAGACACCCCAAAAGAGGGCUGCAAUAUUUGGAAACCUUUCACCUGCCUGGUUCAUGUUGCCAAUACGCCGUGGGCUGCUGCACUGACUCGCCCAAGCCCCAGGCAUCAGGGACGCUGCUGCCCACAGGACUCGAAGCCAAGGAAGAUUCAGGCUCGUGAAAAUCUUCACGCCAGGGCGGCCAGGCAAGGACCUGCCCCCAGGAGGGGCCGAGGGGCCAGAGCUGGUGCCAGGGUCGGCCCUGCACAGGAUGGAGCAGGGGCCGGCCAACAUGGGGGGCAUGGAGAGCGGCUGUCUGCCACGGGGUGGGCAGCUGGGGUGCUGCGUUUUGGGGUGCUGCCAGAUGCCACGCAGGGGGGAGGCUGCGCCAGCAUGGCGAGUCCACGAAGGGCUGCGUGGGGAAGGGCUGGAACUGCCCCAUACGGCUUGCUGCCGGCCGGGACGGUACCCGGCACCCAUGGGAGAGGGGACCCUCCUUGGGUGCCUGGGGAGACGUGGUGGGGCACCCACCACCCCAGGACGUGCCCAUCCCUUCCCCUCCAGGUGCAGAGGAGAUGCUCUCCCCUCCUGCCUCCAGGCUAUGGGCAGGGAUCAAUCCAGGAGGCUCUUAACUCUUCCCGUUUCUCCCCCGUAGGGUAGGAUCUCUUCGUCUCCUCAUGCCACGUUUGCCUUGUGUGGCCCCUAUUUCUGAUGUGAUAUUUAUUGAUGGCUGGAAUGACCUUAUACUUAUCAUGUGCUGUCUGGAAGUGCAAUAUCUGAGAGGCUAUACAGUCACGAUGUCUUUUCGGUGUAUUAUUUGCCUAAUACAGUAUUAAAUAUUUUUUUAAUUUGAAGAGUCAGUGAGCCCUUUAUAUCAAUGCCCUAUUUCUUUCGUCAUAUUAUUGGUACUGCAUGGACUCCAAACCCUGGAUCGGGUCAGGAAAGGAUGUAUGUGUGUUCCAAUAAACAGGAUUUUAAAACA